AGAAGAAUUUCUAGCCAAGGGAUGAGAAUAGUGAUUCGUGUACAUAAUUGGGUAUGGGAGACAAGAUGGCAACUCCUACCACCUUCCCAGUGAAUUAGGGGCAGGGCCAUCUGCUUAGAGGGAGAAGGGAGGGAGACAAAACUGGAGGCCUGGAUGAGAGACAAGGCCUGGAAUCGCACCACUAGGAGAUCUGACUAAGAAAUCAGUGAGCUCAUUCAGGAAUUUCCUGGACACAGCGAUGUCCUAGUCCAGGUCUGCAUGCUACAGUCCCCUCCUGACUGGGAUCUGGAGAAGUCCGUCCCCCAACCCCCCACCGCAGGUGGGAUAGAGGUCCAUGGAGAGGUCCAUGGCAGUGGGAGUGACUCGCAGGCCUGGGGGUGGGGACGCCUCACAGGCAGUGGAUAGCAGUGUUAAUGAUUUAGAGAGGGUGGUACACAUGGUGGUUUGGUCUGAAAAUACACAUGGUGGUUUCAUCUUAAAAACUAGGCCAGCCCUUCUCUUUCUCUUACCUUGCUCUCUUCCCAUUUGAAAACAAAAACAAAAACGCUAGGCAGUGGAGGAGGGAGAUCAUUUGUUGUGAGAGGGUAUGGAGUUGUGUCCCUGUAAGGAUAGGUGGGAACCUGGAGGAGGAAUAAUUUGAAUCCAAAAGAGAGUGAAGCUUUCUGUUGCCACGGCACACACACAAGCGCUGAGUAUCUGCAUCUCGUCUUUUGGAGACUCAGCGAACUCUCCACCUAUGACCAGAAGAAGUGAGGGAUGUUUCCACAGCUGGUCUAAGCAAGGCAAGGUCUAGAAGUAUUUCUUAACGUGAGAUGAACUGUUUCAAUAUUAUUAGAAAAAUAUUUUGACUUAAUUGCCUUAGACACAUCAAUCAGUUCAAGUGUAUUCUGGUUUCCUUUACUUGACUUGAGCAAUUGCCAAGAAUUUCUCUUGGCAAAAUGAGAAAAUAAGACUCUAGGUUCUGUUCCAUGAAUAUUGAAUCAUAGAACCAUAGACAUAGAGAAUUUAGAGCUUUCUGGAAAAUUCCUUGAAGACCAGGAGGGUCCCCUCAGUUUACAGUGAAAAAACCCAAGGCCCAGGGAGGUGAAGUGGGUGAGCUCCAUCACUGUCAUUUGAGUGGCAUGGUCUCCCUCCGAGCUCCUGACCCUGCUGCCUCAUGGCUUCACUAGAGCCUGAGCCCUCGUGAAGCCGGCAAUGACAAGUCUGAAUGGUCGCCAUGCCGAGAAAACCAUUGACAUGCCAAAACCAUCAGCCCCCAGAGUGCACGUGCAGAGGUCCGUGUCCCGAGACACUAUCGCCAUUCACUUCUCGGCAUCCGGGGAGGAGGAGGAGGAAGAAGAGGAGGAGUUCAGGGAGUACCUCGAGGAGGGGCUGGAUGACCAAAGCAUUGUAACGGGGCUCGAGGCCAAGGAAGACCUCUAUCUUGAACCCCAGGGUGGCUAUGACUCCACUGGCCCUGCUGCUCAGCCCAUCCUGGCAGAUGGACUGUCCGUGUCCCCUGCCAUUUUGCCCGUCUCCGCGAACACUGUAAAGCUGUUGGAGUCCCCUCCUCCGGCAGUGCAAGUAUUAAGUACAGUGCCAUUGGCUCUGUCCCCAGGGUCAUCUUCAUCCGGGCCCUUAGCUAGCUCUCCCAGUGUGUCAUCCCUUUCUGAGCAGAAAACCAGUUCUUCCUCCCCAUUGUCUUCUCCUUCCAAGUCUCCUAUCCUGUCGUCCAGUGCCUCAGCCUCCACCCUCUCCAGCGCAAAACCCUUCAUGAGCCUUGUGAAGUCCCUGUCGACCGAGGUGGAGCCAAAAGAGUCCCCACACCCCUCGAGGCACAGGCACUUGAUGAAGACAUUAGUCAAGUCUCUGUCCACAGACACCUCCAGGCAGGAGUCGGAUACCGUGUCCUAUAAACCACCGGACUCCAAGCUCAAUUUACACCUGUUCAAGCAGUUCACACAGCCACGGAGCACAGGUGGAGAUUCCAAAACUGCGCCUUCUUCCCCACUGACUUCUCCCUCCGAUACGCGCUCCUUUUUUAAAGUGCCCGAGAUGGAGGCUAAAAUCGAAGACACUAAGCGUCGCCUUUCAGAAGUCAUCUAUGAGCCUUUUCAGCUCCUUAGUAAAAUUAUAGGGGAGGAAAGUGGCAGCCACAGGCCCAAAGCCUUAUCUUCAAGUGCUUCAGAACUCUCCAAUCUGUCCAGCUUGAACGGUCACUUGGAAAGCAAUAACAACUACAGCAUCAAGGAAGAGGAGUGUGACUCCGAGGGGGACCCCUAUGGGAGUGACCCCAGCGGCCCCGGAAGUGACCCCCCCAGGUCCUCCGAUGAGCCGCCCUCAAGAGAGGCGGAACCGAAGAGUUCCCAGGGCGGCAGUCUGAAGGACUUAGGCCUGAAGACAAGCUCCCUGGUGCUUGAGAAAUGUUCCUUGUCUGCCUUGGUGAGCAAAGAGGAUGAGGAGUUUUGCGAACUGUACACCGAGGACUUUGAUUUGGAAGCGGAGGUGGAGAGCGCGCCGGACAAGCUCCCGGAUCUCCCUGCCGGGCCCGAGGUGCCGGCGGAUGACGGUCCGACUCUGGACAGUGAGGACGAGGCCCACUCGGCCGUGCAGCACGCGGAGCUGCCGGUGAAGACGCUGGGCUUCUUUAUCAUGUGUGUCUAUGGGUACCUCAUCCUCCCCCUCCCCCAUUACGUGAGCGGACUCUUUCUGGGAAUUGGCCUUGGGUUCAUGACUGCGGUUUGCAUGAUCUGGUUUUUUACACCACCAAGUGCUCAUAAAUAUCACAGGUUACAUAAAAGCCUACAACACUGGAACACGAGGUCCCUGGAUAUCAAAGAACCGGAAAUACUGAAGGGAUGGAUGAAUGAGAUUUACAACUAUGAUCCAGAAACUUACCACGCGACUUUGACCCAUUCAGUCUUUGUUCGACUUGAGGGUGGGACCUUAAGACUUUCAAAACCCAAUAAAAAUAUAUCCAGGAGGGCAAGCUACAAUGAAACAAAGCCAGAGGUUACCUACAUCAGCCAGAAAAUCUACGACCUUUCAGACAGCAAGAUUUAUCUUGUACCUAAAAGUUUGGCUCGAAAACGAAUUUGGAAUAAAAAGUACCCCAUUUGUAUCGAGCUUGGUCGACAAGACGACUUUAUGUCUAAGGCCCAGACUGAUAAAGAGACUUCUGAAGAAAAGCCACCAGCUGAGAGAGAGCUGGGAGGCGAGGACCCUAAGAAGCCACCCCAUCCUCAGGAGGGAACGAGAUCAGGCCAGCGAGAUCAGAUACUGUAUCUCUUUGGGAGAACUGGCCGAGAGAAAGAGGAGUGGUUUAGGCGAUUUAUUCUGGCAUCUAAACUGAAGUCGGAAAUCAAGAAGCCGCCUGGAGUCUCUGGAAGUAAACCAGGGGUUUUGCCCUCACAUAGCAGACACAACAGCCCUUCGGGGCACCUGACCCACAGCCGCAGCAGCAGCAAAGGCAGUGUGGAGGAGGUCAUGUCCCAGCCGAAGCAGAAGGAGCUGGUGGGCAGUGUGCGGCAGAAGAUGCUUCUGGACUACAGCGUGUACAUGGCCAGGUGUGUCCCCCAAGAAAACCGAAGCCCCCAAAGGAGCCCCGUGCAGAGCGCGGAGAGCAGCCCCACGGCUGGGAAGAAGUUGCCAGAGGCUCCACCCUCGGAGGAGGAAGAACAGGAAGCCUGGGUGAAUGCCUUGCUUGGAAGAAUGUUUUGGGACUUCUUAGGAGAGAAAUAUUGGUCUGAUCUGGUGUCUAAGAAAAUCCAAAUGAAACUCAGCAAAAUAAAGCUCCCCUACUUUAUGAAUGAACUAACUCUGACGGAACUUGACAUGGGGGUGGCUGUGCCAAAAAUCCUUCAGGCCUUCAAGCCUUAUGUUGAUCACCAAGGACUCUGGAUCGAUUUGGGAAUGUCCUACAAUGGGUCCUUUCUGAUGACUCUCGAGACCAAAAUGAAUUUGACCAAACUGGGGAAAGAGCCUCUUGUUGAAGCCCUGAAGGUUGGAGAAAUUGGCAAAGAAGGUUGCAGGCCCAGGGCGUACUGUCUGGCGGACAGUGAUGAGGAGUCCUCCAGUGCUGGCUCCUCUGAUGAAGACGACGCUCCAGAGCCCAGCGCGGGAGACAAACCGCUCCUCCCAGGGGCUGAAGGGUAUGUUGGGGGUCAUCGAACAAGCAAGAUUAUGAGGUUUGUUGAUAAAAUUACCAAGUCAAAAUAUUUCCAAAAAGCAACAGAGACAGAGUUCAUUAAAAAGAAGAUUGAAGAAGUCUCCAAUACCCCCCUGCUGCUCACUGUGGAAGUGCAAGAAUGUAGAGGAACCCUGGCAGUCAACAUUCCACCUCCCCCGACUGACCGAAUAUGGUAUGGUUUCCGGAAGCCACCAUAUGUAGAGCUGAAAGCUCGGCCAAAACUUGGAGAGAGAGAAGUGACUCUAGUUCAUGUGACAGACUGGAUAGAGAAGAAACUGGAACAGGAGUUUCAGAAGGUUUUUGUCAUGCCAAACAUGGAUGAUGUCUAUAUCCCCAUAAUGCACUCAGCCAUGGACCCUCGCUCUGCUUCCUGCCUCCUCAAAGACCCACUUGUGGAGGCUGCUGACCAGCUGUGAUGGGUGAAGAUCUGACCUUCCCAGUAUUACGAGAUCUGGCUCAAAGUGUGGGGUUCUUGGCUGCCCAUCUGCGCUGUAGCACUGGUCUGCCCUUGUGCCACAGCUUCUGCCCUCUGCCUGCCGGUGCCCAUUCCACUGUGCGGUGUCAUUCCACGCAUCCGGGAACUGGUGUCUGCACUGCCUGCUGCAAAGCUUUGACUCAGCAAAGGGACUGUGGAAGAAUGACCACGGUGGAUCCAGAGGUGACAGGUGACUCACACCAUGGCUCCAGUGUUUGUGGCAGCGAGAGCACAGUGCGAGCAAAGCUUACAACUGGAAGGCCUUCUUCCCCUUGCCCCGACUCCUCCAAAGCUUUUCCUCAGGCCGCCAGUGCACAAUGGAACGUUUUUGCACUUCUAGUCCAUAGGUGACACAGCCCUCCACGCUUCCAGAGAAUGUCUGUUCAGGAACGUGAGCGGGGUGGGGAGUGGAACUUUGUGAACCAUUUCACUGAUGAUAAAGAGAUACGCGUAGCAACUUACCUUUCCUAUUAAAUUGUGCGUUUUGGAAGCAAGUAGCCAUAGAACAUACACACACUAACAUCCUAUCAGCUGGGGUGGGGACAGCGAGAUUUAUGUGAACAUCAGGCAAAGCCAUGAGAUCAAACCAUCCCAAGCUUCUACCACUGAGGUACAAUCACCUGGUUUCUAACUAAUCCCACAUGUUUUCCUGAGACAGGAGGGUAUGUGAAAAUGUCAAAUACUGCACAUAAAGAAUUGGGGUAGGGGGCGGAAAGCCAGAGCAAGGUCGAUCUGGCACUUCCUACGUGCUCUGUGCUUUCUACAGGCCAUCUAAAUGCUUUGUUAAAUCUAACUGGUUCGGGAUGUUUUGAGGUUAUGGGCAGUUUCCUCUUCUGACAGCCAAAGGCGAGAACUCUCUACCACCUUUGAGAGUUGAGACCAAGUUUUGCUCAACAUUAAACACUACGUUAGCUCAGAACUCACGUGACCUUUCUUUAACGUUGCCAAUCUUAUUUUGUGCAUUUGUGUCAGAAGGUCUUAGUUUACAAGUUUGGGGGCUCCCUAGUUGUAUCAUUUGCUUUGAGAAGUACACUUAAAACACAAUUUUUUAUUGUUUAAAAGCUGCAUUCAACAUCAGAACUACCAUGGGUAACUUUUGAUGACUUACAUCUGUGGACAAAGCUAAUUGUGGUUUUUUAAACAGCACCUUGCCUGAACCUGACUUUAAAGAAAUUAAUAUAUUGAAAAAAUAUAUCUGAACCCUUGACUACUUUAAUCGCACCAUUAAAACAUUUGACUUAAAUUAUUUGAUCAUUCCA